AUGUCAUCAGAGGGGAAAGUCAUCAUAAAAGUCAUCACCAUCACCAAGGUCAACAAGGUCCUGAUAGUCAUCAUAAAAGUUAUCACCAUCACCAAGGUCCUGAUAGUCAUCAUAAAAGUCAUCACCAUCACCAAGGUCAACAAGGUCCUGAUAGUCAUCAUAAAAGUCAUCACCAUCACCAAGGUCAACAAGGUCCUGAUAGUCAUAAAAGUCAUCACCAUCAUCAAGGUCCUGAUAGUCAUCAUAAAAGUCAUCACCAUCACCAAGGUCCUGAUAGUCAUCACCAAAGUCAGCACCAUCACCAAGGCCAACAACAUCCAUAUUGUAAUCACCAAGGUCAACAACAUCCCCAUUCGCAUCACCAAGGCCAACAACAUCCAUAUUGUAAUCACUAAGGUCAACAACAUCCCCAUUCGCAUCACCAAGGCCAACAACAUCCCCAUUGUCAUCACCCAGGUCAACAACAUCCCCAUUGUCAUCACCAAGGUCAACAACAUCCCCAUUGUCAUCACCAAGGUCAACAACAUCCCCAUUGUCAUCACCAAAGUCAGCACCAUCCCCAUUGUCAUCACCAAAGUCAGCCCCAUCACCAUUGUCAUCACCAAAGUCAGCCCCAUCCCCAUUGUCAUCACCAAAGUCAGCACCAUCCCCAUUGUCAUCACCAAAGUCAGCCCCAUCCCCAUUGUCAUCACCAAAGUCAGCACCAUCCCCAUUGUCAUCACCAAAGUCAGCACCAUCCCCAUUGUCAUCACCAAAGUCAGCCCCAUCCCCAUUGUCAUCACCAAAGUCAGCACCAUCCCCAUUGUCAUCACCAAAGUCAACAACAUCCCCAUUGUCAUCACCAAAGUCAGCACCAUCCCCAUUGUCAUCACCAAAGUCAACAACAUCCCCAUUGUCAUCACCAAAGUCAGCCCCAUCCCCAUUGUCAUCACCAAAGUCAGCCCCAUCCCCAUUGUCAUCACCAAAGUCAACAACGUCCCCAUUGUCAUCACCAAAGUCAGCACCAUCACCAAGGUCAACAACAUCCCCAUUGUCAUCACCAAAGUCAGCCCCAUCCCCAUUGUCAUCACCAAAGUCAGCACCAUAAUCCCCAUCACCAUCAGCAUCAUCAGGGCAAGAGGGGGUGGGUAUGUCUCUAUUUUUAUCACUGCACUUGGCAGAGGCACGGUCACCAUGAAACUCAAGACUCCAGGACUUGUUGUUCCUUCCAAGCCUGCUGUCAUCACUCCCUCCUCUCCUUGUAUUUUCUCUGUAUGUCACUCCUAAAGA